AUGGACGUAUACCUGGACAACCGCUUCACGCUGGCGGUGGUGGAAUACCUGCCCGGCAAGAGCACCAAGGACACGCCUGCCACGGCCGACGGCUACGGCGACCGCGAGGCCGACCGCUUUGUCACGCAGAAGCUGGACCUCAACAGCCUGCAGCGCUCGCCCAACUGGAUGGACCCGCCGACGACGAUCCACCCGCACUACGACAACCAGGCGGCGCUGCUGGUGCGUCUGUAUUCGCUGCCGCUGGAGUACAAGCUCGGCGGCCGUCUGGUGCCCAGAGACGGCGCCGAGUUCAGCCUGUCCCUGGACCAGCCGUCGGCCUGGACCGUGCUCCAGCUGUUCGAGAAAAAAUCGGUGUAUUGUGGCACGCACGCGGUGCCUCUCCUGAAGCCCCCAGUCGACAGCAGCUUCACAGGACUAGCGCAGCGGGCUGGAGUGUCGCCCAAGCUCUUCACCAUGGCCAACACAAAGGGAAUCAUCAAGCCGCAUGACAUGGCCAGCCUGGAGGUCACCAUCUGGGACGGCACGUUCACCAGUGAGGAGUGUCCGCCCAUCAAACGGUUCGACGGCGCCCUGUCGGCUAUCCAGCCGCUGGAGAAGUACGCUAAGCCCAAAGUGCAGAAGGCCGGCCCCCCAGUCAGCGCGCUGGUGUUCGAGAACAUGACGGACGAGCAGAAGCAGGCGGGCAUCGCCGGGCCCGACUAUGACGUCGAGAAGCAGGCGUUCGAGGCGAGCGCCGUCAGAAAGUUUAACACGCUCCUGAACAAAAGCUUGGUGGCGGACGGCAAGCCGGCCAUCCGGGGCAUCCCGGAGGAGUAGGCGGCGGCGCGCCAGG